AUGAAGGUGACAGAGCCGUCACUGCAGUACCUGGCUCACAACAUCGGUAUUUCCGGCUUCAAGUACCUGCUUGGCCCUGACGCCACUACAGCCAGGCGAUUUACAUGGUUGUUUGUGAUCCUUGCCGCCGUGUGUUGGAUGGUGUGGAACAUCCAUGGCCGCCUCGUCUACUUCCUCGCCUACCCCACUUCUCUUGACACUCAGAUCCACUACCAGGAUGCGGUGGAGUUCCCCAAGAUCACAAUCUGCAACCAGAACACCUUCAGGUCCAGCCAGGUGUUAAAUGAGACGGAUGGGCCCAGGACAUCACCGACCCUAUAUGAAGCACUAAAUCAGUACCAUCGAGUGAGACGAGGACAUCUGAACCAACUGGAGGACAAGUACACCGACCUGCUUUCCUCCGCCGGAAGCUGGGAAUUCUUCAAGAAAAUGGCGCACAGGAAGGAAGCACUAUUAAAAGGGUGCACAUGGAAGGGCCUACCUUGUGGCCCAGCAAACUUCUCCACAGUGAUGACUGACCUUGGUGUAUGUUAUCAGUUUGAAGCCUAUAACAAGGAGACGCCACUAACAGUAGACACGAGUGGUCACCAGAGCGGCCUUAGCCUCUCCCUUAUGGUUGAACAGUUCGACUACAUGGGUGGAUCACGUGACUCCGCGGGAGCCGUUGUCGUCAUUUCCGCUCCUAACGAUACCGCGGCUUUUGCUGAUUCGACCGGUUUGGGUGUGACAGUUGGGUUCAGUACAGGUAUAGCCCUGAAGAAAACCAGGGGUCUGUACGAGAGACUAUUGGAGAACAUGAACCAGCGAAUAGCAGAAAAACUGUGCUAA